AUUUUCUUGUAAAAUAAAAUAUGCAUUGGCAUCUCAUAUGAAGUGCUUUUAGAUUUUUUUACUAUUGGUAUGUGGGAUGUGUAUUGUAGUUUUGUGAUUUGCAUGUUAUGAUUCUACCUCGCCCCUUUUUUUCUUGUUUUAUAUAGGUAGAUUUUUCUGAGUUCUCCCGCUUCUAUGAUUUUGUUUUCUUCAUGUGCCGUGAAAAUGGUCAAAAGAACAUCAGAGAUAUGCAUCGCAGAUUUUUGUUAUGAGGUUUCUCCUUUUUUUAACUUUUUUUUGGGGGGCGAAUGGUUUACAGCUGUAAGCAAGGCAGUUACUGCAUGGAGGUUAGUCUUGGCUGGGAGAUUUCUACUGCUUAAUCAAUGGUGUGACUUUGUUGAGAAAAAUCAACGACAUAACAUCUCUGAGGAUACUUGGCAGCAAGUUUUAGAUUUCAGCCAGUGUGUACAUGAAUAUCUGGAAGGUUAUGAUCCUGAAGGUGCUUGGCCUGUUCUAAUAGAUGACUUUGUUGAGCAUAUGUACAGGUUCUCGGGAACUAAUGAUAACACUAACUUCUUCUGUAACUGUGGUGAUUUAGAAUCCCAGUCUUCCGAACUCGAUGACCCUCUUCCUGGAUUGAAAGAUUUUCCUGGUUUGAAGAGGAAAUUACCUGAGGACCUUCAACAAGAUGAAUUGGAGCCCUCAACUAUCGGCUACCCUCAUUCAACAGACCUGGAUCCUGUUUUGAGUUUCAAGAGAAUCAGGCUGAUUUGUCACAAACCAGCAAACUGGGCGGAUAAUCCACCUGGGAAUAAUACCACAGAUGAUUGCAUGGAAAUUGUUAGACAUAACAGUCCAUUGUGUUCUUCCAAGUCUCCAUGUGCAGUUGAAGGUUGUUUGUCAAAAGGCUUUGCAGGGCUUUUCUCAACACGUGUACCAUGA